UAAUAAUGUUAUAAUUUGAAGUCUAAAAAUAAUGUUAUUUCUAUCCAUUUUUUUCUGCUGUUCACCUCAAAAUUCACCCAUGAUUUCUACGCUUGUAACGUUUGUACCAAUAGACAAUUUCAUCAAGGAUUUCAGCGGUUUUCAGCAUCACUGAAUAUUAAUUUGGUUUAAUUUUUAAUCGAAAUUCGUUACAUGAUAAUUUAAAAAUGAAAUUUUGAAUAUGACAUGUCGAAAGAAAGUUUUGGCAUUGACAUAUUUCCGAUUUCCGAUACAAUCGAUUACAACCGGAAGUAUCAGAAGUUUCCAAAUGUUUAGGUUGGGCAUCCUGAAUUGCCAAAAAUCAUGUAAUUUUGUUGAGCGCCUAACUUUAGAAACGAAUAGUAAAAGGCAGACAAAUUCUUCAUAUUUCUUGUUGUUCUCUGAUCUCAGCUACUCAGGCUAUACAGCAACAGUUACAAUUUUAGCCGAAUUGUCCAUCAGAUGAGGCCUUAUUAUCAGAAAAGAAGAAAGAAAGUUACAAUUUUGACAUUGACAAUGUUAGUUUUUAAUUAACAUAACCUAAAAAAAUUGUAAACAAGUAUUAUAUUCUGUAGAUUUUAAAUAUGUUUUAUUAAACGAAUUGUUUUAACUCAGUCCAAAACAUGGAUGAAUCGUUAUUGAAAGAUAUUGCGAGUGAAUUCGAAAACGAUUUUUUUGGCAACGAAGAACCAGUCUCAGGAACUUCCAGCGAUGCCUCCUCGUCAACAACUACUAUAAAAGUUUUAAAUAAAUCCUAUACAAUAUUAGUAAACCCGAAGCAAAGGGGGAAUCCUUUACUAAAGUCUAUAAGCAACGUCCCUUGGGAGUUUAGUGAUAUAAUUCCAGAUUAUCAAAUGGGACCUUCCACGUGUGCCUUGUUUCUGUCUAUACGCUAUCACAAUUUAAAUCCCGAUUAUAUUCACGAUAGAUUGAAGAAAUUAGGGAAAUUGUACAAUCUAAGGGUUUUGUUAGUGCAGGUUGAUAUCAAAGAUCCGCAUCAUGUGUUAAAAAAUUUAACUAGAAUAUGCAUUUUGGCCGAUUUAACAUUAAUAUUAGCUUGGAGCGCCGAGGAAGCCGGAAAAAUAAUAGAAACAUAUAAAAUUUACGAAAACAAACCAGCUGAAUUUUUAAAAGAAAAAGGAGAAUCUUCAUCGUACUUAAGGUUGAUUCAAGCUUUAACUUCCAUAAGAUCUGUAAAUAAAUCCGAUGCGACGGUUCUCAUUAACAAAUUUAAAACUUUGAAAGGUAUUUUAGAAGCUACUGAAAUACAAUUAUCCGAAUUGCCGGGUUUCGGGGCAAGAAAAGCGAAAAACCUUUAUACCACAUUACAUACUAAAUUUUGUAGAUAAUUUUAAAUCCAUUUUUCUACCUAUUUUUAAGUAAAAAAAAAAACACAAAAUUAAAAAUUAUUCUUCUUUAAUACGUUGCCUGUGUCUUAUCAAAAGAAUCCAACUGACAAUUAAUCCUAUACUAGCAGGAAUCGCUGCUAAUAGCAUCACAAAUUUUUCACCAAAAAUAUCGCUAGCUACGCCGGUGAAUAACGGGGUUACGAAUCUAGCUAUAGACAUAAUACUAUUAGAAGCUCCGGAAAGCGAGCCUUUGUGAAAAGAUUCCGUAUUUUGGAACAUAAGCUCCAUCGUCACCACUCUCAUCGCUGUAGAAGACAUUGACAAUGGAAUCAACAAUCCGACGAAAGUGUUAAAAUUUUGCGCAAAAUAUAAAAGUAUGAAACUUAAAGUUAAUACUCCGUACCACAGAAUCAUCUUUGUGUAAAUGUUGUCGAAAUUUAGAACGUAGUGGAUUUUUUUCAACAGCAGGCCGGCUACGAUCGAUAUGAUACUGAAGUAGGAGAUCAUGUAGCCGGCGUGUUUCUGCGAUAAAUUGUAGGUCUCCCGCAAAUACAAGCCCUGAUUGGAGAAAUAGCAGGCCAUCGAGAAUCCCAAGAUGAAUUUCAAGAGGAAAGGAUGCCAAUGUCGGGACCAGUCGAUUUCGCUCAGUUCGUCUAUCGUUUUCUUCAAUUCCGACUUUAUUCUCUGCCAGAUGCUCAAAUUAUCCGCAGCGAACAAUUUUCUAUCAAGCACCAAAU